GGGCAUCAGUACGGUGUCAAUUUUAUCUGCGUUGUAUGUUAUGUCUCGUAAAAGUAAGCUACCACCCAGAGCCAAAGCGGCAGCUACUGCAUUAGCCGUUUUCUCAUGGUGUCAAAUGGGCCUAGGGAUUUCCACACUUCUUACUUACGUUCCGGUUUCUCUAGCAGCAGCUCAUCAAUCAGGUUCACUUACCUUAUUAUCCUUAGCACUUUGAAAAAGCCUGCUAAAAAACCGACCUCUAAAGGUAAAAAUUCAAAAAAAGGAUCGAAAAAGAAAGUAAUGGCCUCGCCAGCAAUAGAAGUUGCUCCACCGCCACCUCCGCCGCCGCCACCUUCUCAAGGAGAAUUUAUAUUCAUACACAUUGGGCAGGCCGGAGUUCAAAUCGGGUCUGCGUGUUGGGAAUUGUUUUGCUUAGAACACGGCAUUAAUCCAGAUGGCACCGUCCAUCAAUUAACCACCAGUUCUACAUCAAUCUUUUCUAUGUCCCAAACGGAGAAAUACGUUCCUAGAGCUUUGUUAGUAGACACUGAACCUUCAGUUAUUGAUGAAAUCAGACAUGGCGCUUAUAGAAAUCUGUUUUCUAGUCAAAAUCUCUUAACCGGAACAGAAAAUGCAGCGAGUAAUUUUGCAGCUGGUUUUUAUGGAGUCGGCAGAAAGCUAUCCCAAUCGGUGUUGGACAGACUAGCUACUUUAACGGAAGACUGUAGUUCGUUGCAAGGGAUUGCCGUGUCCAGAUCUGUUGGUGGUGGAACGGGAUCGGGAAUGGGUACAGGACUACUUGAAUCUAUCAAGAAUAGGUACCCUUCUAAAACCGUUCUUGAUUUCAAUGUCUACCCAGCACCAAGGUUAUCACCAGUGAUUGUUGAGCCAUACAACGCUGUCCUAGCAACGCAUUUUGCUUUGGAUUUAGUUAAUUGUACUAUGCUAUACGACAACAACGCAUUAUACAAUAUAUGUUCUAAAUUGAAUGUUCCGAAGCCGACCUAUACGAAUUUAAACCGAAUAAUAGCAAUGGUUUCAUCAGGCAUGACUUCAUCCCUUCGUUUUGAAGGAUCUCUGACCAGUAAUUUAUCCGAAUUGAUGACCAAUUUGAUACCGUGGCCAAGAUUGCACUUUCCGUUGAUAACCCAUGCUCCAAUGGUGCACGAUGCGAGCAACCUAUCUGCUAAUACUCAGCUCGCCGGCAUGUGCUUUGACCAAGGCAACCAAAUGGUCAUGGUUGAUCCCAGAAGUGGCAAGUACUUGUCAGUGUGCAUGAUGUUCAGAGGCGAUCUAACGCCAACCGAUGUCAACACGACUAUAGCUUUUAUUCAACGCGAACGCACUAUUCCAGUGACGAGCAUGAACUCACCUUUGUUCAAAUUUGGUCUGUGUUAUCGGCCUCCUACAUUUGUGCCAAACGGAGAUAUCGCACAGACUCCUAAAGUUGUGACUACCUUGUGCAAUAAUACUGCUGUCAGACACUGCUGGACUAGUGUGUUGAAAAAAUACGACACAUUGUUGAAGAAACGGGCGUUUUUACACCAUUAUGUAGGUGAAGGCAUAGAAGAAGGCGUAUUUUCUGUAGCCAAAGAAAAUGUUUCAAAAUUAAUUACGGAGUACGAAGAAGUAGAAAAAUCUUAAAUUCACUAUUGACCACCCACAUUGUAAAUGGUCAUUUUAAUGAUUCAUUAUUCAAGAUAAAAUAUAUUUU